CCUCCGUCUUCAAAUCUCACUUCAUCAGAAGUUCACAGAGUAGAGAGAAAAACCAGACAAACAGAGAGAUGUGGAGAUCAAAAGCAAGAUCAAUACUACUCAGAUGUUCAAUUCAAUCAUCAUCAGCUUCAAUUCAAAACAAGGUACUACAAUCUAAAACCCUAACAACACUAAUUGAGUCUCCACCUUUUCAUUUCUCUCGUUUAUUAUCAUUAUCAACCCAAAACCCUAGAUUUUACUCUAAUGAUUCAAAUGUCAAUCAUGGCGAUGAAAUUAAUGUUUUUGAUGAAACCCCACCUCUUAUUUCCCCAGAUUCACUAGACCCAUUUAGUGUUUCAUAUGAGAAUGAUUCACAAAUUGAAAACCCUAAUUUUGUGUCUCAAUCAAAUGAUACUGAUACGACAAGUAGUGAAUCAGAAGUAGAACUAGCUGUUGAUGAACAGAUUGAAGUGGUAGAUGUUGGGAAACUUGAGAGUGUAUUGCAGUUUCUUCAAAGCGUGAGUAGUAAAGAUGGGUCUAUUGAAGAAUCUCUAGAGAAGAUGAAUUUGGAUGUAAAUGAGGAAUUUGGAUUGAAAUUAAUUCAAACUCCAAAUGUCAAUGGUCAUUACUUGAUUAGUUUCGUAAAAUGGGCUUCGCAGAAGGAUAAAUCUUUUAUGACUAGUAGAAUUGUAGAUGCACUUGUUAAGGCUAUCGGUGAUGGUUUAAGACCUAUUCAAAAGAAAGAAGUUUAUUCCUUGUGGGAUUUGAUCAAGGAGAUUGGGGAGAAGCGCGAGGGUGUGUUGAACACUGAGAUACUCAAUGGAUUGAUUGCUUCGUUGUGUAUGUUGGGUAGAGGUAAAGCUGCUAAAGAGGUUUUUGAUAAGUAUGAGGAAUUUGGAUGUGAACCGGAUGGUAACACUUAUUAUUUUACUGUUGAAGCACUUUGCAAUCGCAAGAUUUUUGAUGGGGCGUGGGUUGUUUGUGAUAAGAUGCUUAACUCAGGAAAGUUGCCUGAUGAUAUGAAGAUUGGGAAGAUGAUUGUUAGUCUGUGUAAAGGAUAUAGAGCGAAAGAUGCUCAUAUGAUUUACUUGAUGGCUAAAGAGACGAACAAAUGUGUACCAAUGUGGUCUGUCAAUUUUCUGAUCAAUGGUCUGUGUAGAAAGAGUGAAAGUGUUAAGUUAGCCCGAGAGGUUUUGCAGGGUUUGUCAGGAGAUUCGCGAAAGCUUGCAACCAAGUGUUUCAGUUUUGCUGUUCGUGCUUUAUGUCAAUAUAAAGAUAUUGAAGGAGCGAAGGAAUUGUUGUUUGAGAUGAUCAAGGAAGGGCCAGCUCCUGGACACCCAGUGUUUAAUUCAGUAAUUACUGCUCUAUCAAAGGCUGGAGAAUUGGAGGAAGCACUGAAGUUAGUUGAAGUGAUGGAGAGUCGAAAAUUGAGACCUAAUAUAUACACUUACACUGUUAUUAUAAAUGGUUAUGUAAAGGGAAGUCAGAUGGAUGAGGCGAUUAAAAUUCUAGAGCAGGCAAAAAAGACGCAUCGGAAGCUUACUUCUGAUCCUUACCAUAUCUUAAUUCGUGGGUAUUGCCAGCUUGAGGAAACUGAUAAAGCAUUGAAUCUGUUGAAUGAGAUGAAGGAGAGUGGUAUCUUGGCGGAUGAGAAUGACUAUAAAGAUGUGAUUCGAUCUCUUUGUCUUAAUACAUUAGAUUGGGAAACAGCAGAGAAGCUAUUAGAAGAAAUGAAAGAAAACGGCACGAGUCUUUCUGGGAAUAGCCAAGGUCUUAUAAAGGCAGUCAAGGAAUUACAAAAGGAGGAAUCUAAAGCUCCACAAGAGAGUAUUGCAGCUUAAAACACUUUCGAACUGCAGGUGUUUUUUUUUUUUUUUAAUAUUUAGUGAGUAGAAAAAUUUACUGCUCAAGUUUUAAUUUUGUAGCGUCUAUGUUUUUGUUUCUUCUUAUUCGCCGAGUAGACAUGAAGCAUGCUUAUUUUAUAUUCAAAUGGUUAGUUACUUGAACUGAGGUCAAAUCUUAUUUCUACCAGAGUUAUGGUAGUA